CCAUUUCGUCUCCACUCUAUCAAUCAAUCUGGAGAAGAAGGGUCGCACUCCACAGUGUGGUCGGCUAUCGGCCCUUUUUCUUGCUUUCUUUCUUCUGAUACACACAUACCCACCAAGACAAUCGACGAUGCACUCGAUGCGGCGUAUCUCUCUGGUGGCGGGCCGUGCCCCGAAGCUGGUGGGGCAGUCCUUCCACACGGCGUCCGUCGCCCGGCUGGCCCAGCCGGCCGCUGCUUCGGCCGCAGCCGCCUCGUCAAAGUCGCCGGCAUCGGGACUGGGCCCCCUGGCCACGCCGCGCGCCCAGGACGUCGAGGCAAAGUGGCGCGGCACCUCGACGUCGGGCGGCACCACCAAGAACUACGUCGAGGGCCGCUUCGUCGACAGCGCAACCAAGGCCUGGGUCGAUGUCCACGACCCGGCCACCCAGACGGUGCUCACCCGUGUGCCCGAGACGACGCCGGCCGAGUUCGACGAGGCCGUGGCCAGUGCUGCGCGUGCCUUUCCCGGCUGGCGCGAGACGAGCCUGCUGGGCCGCCAGGCCGUCAUGCUCAAGCUCCAGGCCCUGCUGCGCGACCACAUGGACGACAUUGCCAACAGCAUCACCCUGGAGCAAGGCAAGACAUUCGCAGACGCAAAGGGCGACGUGCUCCGCGGCCUCCAGGUCGUCGAGACGGCCUGCGGCAUCACCUCGACGCUCCUCGAGGAGCGCCUCGAGGUGGCCAAGGACAUGGACUCGUACGUGCGCAAGGAGCCCCUCGGCGUCACCGCUGCCAUCUGCCCCUUCAACUUCCCCGCCAUGAUCCCGCUCUGGUCGAUCCCCAUGGCCACGGUGACGGGCAACACGCUCGUGCUCAAGCCCUCGGAGCGUGACCCGGGCGCGUCGAUGAUCAUUGCCGAGCUGUGCGAGCGUGCGGGCAUGCCCAAGGGCGUCGUCAACGUCGUCAAUGGCACCGUCGACAUUGUUAAUUCCAUCUGCGACGAUGCGCGCAUCCGCGCCAUCUCCUUUGUCGGCUCGGACCGCGCCGGCGCCCACAUCUUCCACCGCGGCACCGCCAACGGCAAGCGGGUCCAGGCCAACCUGGGCGCCAAGAACCACGCCGUGCUGAUGCCCGACGCCAACAAGGAGCACGCGCUCAACGCGAUUGCGGGCGCUGCCUUUGGUGCGGCCGGCCAGCGCUGCAUGGCCCUCAGCGUCGUCGUCGCCGUCGGCGAGGCGCGCGAGUGGAUCGCCGAGCUCGUUGCACGCGCCAAGCAGCUCAGGGUCACCAGUGGCUUCGACCCCGAGGCUGAUCUCGGCCCGCUCAUCUCACCCGCGGCGCGCGAACGCGUCAUCGCCCUCACUGGCUCCGUCGAGGCCGAGGGCGGCCGCAUCCUCCUCGACGGCCGCCACUUCCAGAGCGACGAGUACCCCGCGGGCAACUUUGUCGGGCCCUCGAUCGUCGAGGCCCGGCCGGGCAUGCAGGCCUACGACCAGGAAAUCUUUGGCCCUACCCUCGUCGUCGUCAAUGCCGACUCGCUCGAGGAGGCGACGGAGAUCAUCAACAGCAACAAGUACGGCAACGGCAGUGCCAUCUUUACGCGCAGCGGAGCCACGGCGCGCAAGUUUGAAAAGGACGUCAACGUGGGCCAGAUCGGCGUCAAUGUGCCCGUGCCUGUGCCGCUGCCCAUGUUUGCCUGGAGCGGCAACAAGGGCUCCGUCCUCGGCGACCAUGGCUUCUACGGCAAGCACGCCCUCAACUUCUACACCCACAACAAGACUGUCACCAGCCUGUGGCGCAGCGCCGAUGCGACGAGCAGCCGGGCCAGCGUCAACAUGCCCACGAUGAGCUAGUGUAGCACGCCUUGCAAUCUGAACCCGUCUCCUUUCCACAUUGUGUUCUGUACCGCCGCCUGUUCGCACACGUGAAGUCCUCUCAUCUAGCAAUGUUCCCACAUGUGAUAUGGUCCACUUCUGCAGUGGUUGUCUGUC